AUGAUACUACCUUCGGUCAGAGCAGCAUUUUCCUUUGCGAACCAACUCGAAUACAAGUGUGACGAAUACUGUCCUAAAUUUGUAAUGUUUUCUGAUGAAAGCAGUGACAAUGAUGUGCCAGAAGGUAUUAGUUGGGAUUCAUGGAAAGAAACUAAUAGUCGUAGAUAUUGUUCGCGCACCGCGAAGGUUUAUGCUAUACCUACUGAUGCUGCUGCGAUGCCCUAUCAAAAAGCUGCUUGUUACGGGUAUUAUCCGAGUUAUGAGGUGGACUCAAUGCAGCUUAUUGAGUGCAAGACCUGCGGCGCAAUUUUGAAAGAGGUCGGAUAUGGUCACCAUAUGCGUGUGAGACAUGCUCGUGCAAAAUCCCCUUUUUCUGUUGAUGAUUGUCAGACCUUUUUACUCUCACCUCCACAUGUGACUUCGUCUUGUCCGUACGAAGUAAAUGCCCCAACUCCAUCUUUUAUCAAACGACCUGGAAAUUAUCCGACAACGGUGUGCAAAGCACCAGAAAGAACCUAUUCUCGUGUGAUCCCAACACAGUAUUCUGUAGAGCAGAGAGAUGAUUUGAAGUUGGCAUUGAAAGUAUCACGCAGAGAACCAGUUCAGAUUUCUGAACCUCGUCCAUUGUAUCUAGAUCAUGCUGUUUUGGAAACAAGAUCUUCAACUUAUUUAAAUUCUACGGAUGAUCAAACAAGAUAUAUAAAAAGUGGAAGUAAGAGGACUAUAAAUGGCAGGGUGAAAACGAAGAAGAAGAAAAAACGGAGACCGGAGUCGUCGUCGUCUGACGACUUCUCGCUUGAUCACUUCAGAAAUAAAAAACGUUUAGAAGAAAAAAAAACACGCGGUAUUUCAUCUCUUCCGUCAACAUCAGCAUCGCUUGAUAGUCCACAUGAUCAAGAAAAGCAUCUCGCAGAUCAGGAAGACAGUAGCUUUUCGUACACAACCAGUCCAGCAGUUUAUUUCAAUAAUGAUCGUAGCGCAGAUGUCGAUGAACGUAGUUCUGAGUCUCCAGAAUUAUUAUUAGUAGACUUCCUAAGUUCGAGGAAAAAAGCGGCCAAAAAAAGCAGUUCGCUUGAUUCUGUCAGGACAAGGCUUCGAUCUUUUGCCAGUGCUUCUCUAAAACAACCGCUUGUAAAUAAAGAGGAAGAAAACGAUGCAGUGGGACCUGAAAUUAGCUUAAUUCCUUCGUGUUCUACACCACUGGAACAGAUAUCUGAAAAACCCUCUCUUAAAGAGGAGGAUUCACCAUAUAACAAUGCUUCGGAAGAGUUGUGUUCAAUUGGUGCUGCAGAAGAGGAAGAACCUCCAGUUUUGAAACCAGAAGUAUAUAUAACGAAGACAGAGACUCCUGAGGUGGAGCAGGAGCCUUUAGUUGUGGAAGCUUGCGGAUCUAACACCUUUAUCUUAUCAACAAAAGCUAGGAAGAGAUUGUCUAGUAGUGGUAUGGAUACGUCAUCAGAAAGUACUCCAACACUUCAUCCUGAAACCAAGGUUGUCAGAAAACGGGAGUGUGCACCUAAUCUUUUGCCGUCCGGAUCCCAGUUUUUUCUUAAUCCUCCACAGAAAAACUUUAUGUUCAAUUCCGACUACACGGAAUUGGUUACUUCAAGCUCUUUUUUGGGUAACAAUGAGGGGACAAAAAUGAGGUCGAAUCGAUCGCUGUCUUACGAUGUACUUCAGGAUGGAGUUGUUUCAAAAGUGAAUUAUGUACCUGCAUUUCACCUGUAUAGGGAGAGCGUAUCUAAUGGCUUUGUUAUGAGUAAUACUAAUAACAAUCAAAAUGUUGGACACGUUUACUGCGCGGAAGAAGAUCUGGAUGUUCCUGGCAAUUCAAACGAAUUUGUUUGCCCGUCAAACGUUCAUCACCAAGAUCCAAUAAGUGCCUCUACAUCUUUCUCAACUAGUAAUCUCACCCUAAGUAUAAAUCCCAUGUCCAAUAAUAUGACCACAAGACGUAAACGACGGGAAAAGGAAAAUGCGUCAAUAUUGAAAAAACAUUUAUCAGAAUGCCAGUCACUGACAAACGGAUUUUUGCAGAAGAAACCUGUGAUGUGUAAGAAUAUUCGGCUCCGCCAGAAACCUCUGACAGUUGACUUGCCAAAGGGUUUUUAUAAUGGCUUCAUUAAGAUUCUUGUUUUGCCCUUGUUUACUAUUUUUCAAGUUAAGAUUAAGGAGAGAGAAGAGAGUGUUGGUGACGUAUUAGUGACUGCUGAAGCAAGCUAUUUUAAGCUGGUUGCGAUGUUCUUGGCUCUGGAAGAAGGAACUAGUUUUGUGCACACUGGCUGA